AUGGACACUCCACAACAGCAACAAGACAGAAUCUCACCAGAAGCAAAGUGGUGGGUCGACGGACAACGCAUCAGACACAAAGGCUUCUGGUUCAGACCAGAGUUCAUCACUGCCUCUGAAGCUAUAAGAGCACACUACACACCUCUUCCUUCCGACAUAAUACUCGCCUCUUUCCCCAAAACCGGCACCACUUGGCUCAAAGCCUUAACCUCCUCCAUUCUCCGACACAGCUCAACCAUACACGACAACCAUGACCAUCUGGAUAACCUUAACCCCCACGAAGUAGUACCAUUCUUGGAGAUAGAGUUGUUCGGAGAAAACGCAUCAAAGGACAUAACAAAGAUCUCUUGUCCCAGAGUGUUCAACACUCAUCUCCCUCUCUCGUUUUUACCGGACACUGUCACGACCUCAGGGUCCAAACUCAUUUACAUAACUCGCCACCCAGCUGACACCUUUGUCUCUCUCUGGCAUCUCUACAAAAACAAGUUUGGGACAGAGAUCACUAUCCGACAAGCCUUUGAUGACUUCUGCAAAGGGCUUGUCCCAGCCGGUCCCUACUUUGACCACGUACUCGAGUUCUGGGACGCAAGAGACCGAGACCGUGUGUUGUUCCUCACUUACGAAGAUCUGAAAGAAAAACCAGAAGAGAACGUGAAGAGGAUCGCAGACUUCUUGGGGUGUAAGACGACGGUGGAGAAGGUGGUGAAAGAGUGUAGCUUCGAGAAUAUGAAGAACACAAGUAAAGAAAGAGAAGGAGUUCACUGGAGUGGAACUAAGUAUGAUAUGUUCUUUAGGAAAGGUGUGGUUGGAGAUUGGAAGAAUCAUUUGACACAAGAGAUGAUGAAGGAGCUUGAAAACAUUGCUGACCUGAAAUGGAGUGAAUCUGGCUUGGAUCUCAGCGUUUUUAAUAAUAAUGCUUCAUAA